GUGGUCAGUCAGUAAAUUCAAGGCCAUGGCGGAGCUCAUCCAGCAAGUUCUUGAAGGUGCAAGACAAAUUGAGAUGGCCACAGCAAAUGAGAUGACUUCAUCCGGUGACCUGAGCUCACAUGAUGAGAUGACAUCCACUAACGAGAGUUUUACAAAGAAGAGGCACUCCAACCACCAUGUGGGUCCCAUCGAUCUAUCGUACGAGGAGGACAGUCAGAGACGGUGUAAAUCCUUCUUCAAGAGGAGGAAAACAAUCUUCGACAAGGCGAAUCAACUCACGUCCAUCUGUGGCGCCUCCGUCAGUAUCAAGCUGAAGUCGCAAGGAGGCCAAGUGUACGAGUACUCGUCGGGAGAGUUCCAACUAGAAGGAGAACCAGGCGUGCCGUUGAUCACCGUCCACCCUACCCCCAGAGGUCGUCCAAAAUCGAAGAAAUUGUCUGCCGAGGAGGAGGCAGGUGAAUGUCAGGUGAUCAGCCCGACUUAUGAACAAGCCAAUAAGAAGGCCCCGUGUGCUAUUUGCAAGAAAAAGGACUCGUUUAUGGCGUGCCAGAAGGCUGGCUGUACAUUUUGGGCUCACGCUCGGUGUUUGGGCUUCGUUGCGUUGGCCCCGACCGAUAUGUCCAACGUGAAGUUCUUCUGUCCGAAGCAUAUUCCGUCCAGUUAACAGAGCCUCCUUCAACUCAUCUUUUGUAUAAAAAUGUAAAUAAGACUGUACAACACAAAAUGGACUUGAUUUGUGGACAUUGGAUUCGAGGGAGUAGUGCCGCCGCAGCCAAGGCCCUGAUCAUGGCCUUGGUUCUCCCUUAUGUCUCCCUUAUGUACUGACUUUAAAAUUGGUAGUAGAAAUUACCUUGCCUCUUAAAGGCAGUGGACACUAUUGGUAAUUGUCAAAGACUAGCCUUUACAGUUGGUGUAUC